AGACGCCACCGCGCUCAGCAAUGAGGAAACGAAGCAAGUUGCCCCAACUUCUCCGGCGGGAACCUCGCCUCCGGGGGCCGGCGGAGAUCUCCCUGCUUUCUUGACCUCGUGCCAUUCCUGGGCAGGCCUUGCUCACACUGAUCCCUGGGGCAGGAUGCCAACGAAACGCUGGGCACCUGGCACUCAGUGUAUCACUAAGUGUGACCACACCAAGCCCAAAGCCGGGGAGCUGGCCUUCCACAAAGGGGACAUGGUCACCAUCAUUGAGGCUUGUGAGAGCAAGAGCUGGUACCGGGCCAAGCACCAUGAGAGCGGAGAGGAGGGGCUGCUGCUUGCCGGCUCUGUCCGGGAGCGAGAGGCCAUCCAGGCUGACCCCAAACUGAGCCUCAUGCCAUGGUUCCACGGGAAAAUAUCUGGCCACGAAGCUGUUCAGGAGCUACAACCAGCUGAAGACGGACUGUUCCUGGUGCGGGAGUCAAUGCGUCACCCAGGGGACUAUGUGCUUUGUGUCAGCUAUGGCCGUGAUGUCAUCCACUACCGUGUCAUCCAUCAGGACAGCCAGCUCACCAUUGAUGAGACCGUCUCCUUCUACAACCUCAUCGACAUGAUCGAGCAUUAUACGAAGGACAAGGGGGCCAUCUGCACCAAGCUGGUAAAGCCCAAGCCAAAACAUGGAACCAAGUCUGCAGAGGAGGAGCUGGCCAAAGCCGGCUGGUUACUGAACCUGCAGCAGCUGACCCUGGGGAGCCAAAUCGGAGAGGGCGAAUUUGGAGACCUGACAGACUUUCCCUGCUUCCCAUCCUCCUUCCCAGCUGUGUUACAGGGCGAGUACAUGGGCCAGAAGGUGGCCGUAAAGAACAUCAAGUGCGACGUCACGGCCCAGGCCUUCCUGGAUGAGACAGCCGUCAUGACGAAAAUCCAGCACAAGAACUUGGUGCGAUUGCUGGGGGUGAUACUGCACCACGGGCUUUACAUCGUCAUGGAGUACAUGAGUAAGGGGAACCUGGUGAACUUCUUACGGACUCGGGGCCGCUCUGUGGUCCACACCAAACAGCUGCUCCAGUUCUCCCUCCACAUCGCAGAGGGCAUGGAUUACUUGGAGUCCAAGAAGCUGGUGCACCGGGACCUGGCGGCCCGCAACAUCCUCAUCUCAGAGGAGAACGUGGCCAAGGUCAGCGACUUUGGGCUGGCCAAGGCAGACCGCAAGGGGCUGGACGUCACCCGGCUGCCUGUCAAGUGGACAGCCCCCGAGGCUCUGAAACACAAGAAAUUCUCCAGUAAGUCAGAUGUCUGGAGUUUCGGGAUCCUCUUGUGGGAAGUGUUCUCUUACGGCCGGGCACCGUACCCCAAGAUGUCAUUGAAGGAGGUGUCAGAGGCGGUGGAGAAAGGUUACCGCAUGGAUCCUCCAGAGAACUGCCCACCCACAGUCUAUGCCCUGAUGAACAGCUGCUGGGAGGCCGAACCCGCCAAGCGCCCCACCUUCAAGAAACUGGGUGAGAAGCUGACCAAGGAGUUGCGGAACACGGCCAGUGAAGCUGGCCCGGCUGGGAGUCAAGCGCAGGAAUCCUGACCCCCCUCCCUGAUGGAGUUGGGCAUGACUCUGGGGGAGCCCCAAAGGAAUGGCGAGGGCUCACAGGGUAGGGUUGAAUUCUGGACUCAGGAACUGGGGACCCCCUUGCUGCUGCUGGGAAUUACAGAUGUUGGCCCUGGCCAUGGGCCAGCCAACGUGACUUAGCUGUUCCUGUUCUGGCUGCCAGCGGGUAUGGCGUUCUUCCUCGCCCCCGGCCGCUGAGGAUUGUACAGAAGAUAAGGAUAAAAGCCCCAGCUGGAAAUGGGUUCCUUUGAGUCGCCUCUUCCUCUCCUGCCCCCAUGGAGGAGAUAUAGGCCUGAAAAUCCUGCUGGCAAGUUUCCCACCUGUCCCCCACAUCCGCACUCUCCUAGCCACCUUUGGACAUCUCUCAGAACCCCUGGGUAACCUCUGGCUGUGCCCCCUGGAUGCUUGGGAAUACAGGAGAAGCGGGGUGAGGGAACACGGAGAAGGGCAGGGUAGCAUAGGUCAGAGAAAGUGUAAGUGUGCAGAGGGACUGUGCCAGUGUGUAUUAGGAUGAAUAGUAUGUCAGGGCCCGGAAGUGUGGCAGUGUGAGGAGAGAGAGAGAGGAA